AUGGCUACUCACGGCAGAACUCACGGUUGGCCCAAACAGAGCUCAAAUACAGCGUCCUAUGCGGCGAAAUAUGGCAUCACACAUCCUUCAACGACACUCGACAGACCUAUCGACUUGUAUCCCUUGACAAACUACACAUUUGGAACCAAAGAACCACUUUAUGAAAAAGACAGUUCAGUGCCAGCACGCUUUGCUCGGAUGAGGGAGGAUUUUGACAAGAUAGGGAUGCGAAGAUCUGUGGAAGGAGUCCUAAUUGUCCAUGAACAUGGACUUCCUCAUGUCCUUCUUCUACAGCUCGGCACAACCUUUUUCAAAUUACCUGGGGGUGAGCUGAAUGCACAAGAAGAUCAAGUAGAAGGCCUGAAGCGUUUACUGACUGAGACAUUAGGGAGACAAGAUGGUGGUACCAUGGAGUGGGUAAUUGAAGACACGAUAGGCAACUGGUGGCGACCUAACUUUGAACCACCACAGUAUCCCUAUAUCCCAGCACACAUUACAAAGCCAAAGGAACACAAGAGACUGUUUCUGGUACAGCUGCCAGAAAAAGCCCUCUUUGCCGUACCUAGAAAUUACAAAUUGGUGGCAGCUCCUCUCUUUGAAUUAUAUGACAACUCAGCAGGUUAUGGACCAAUCAUCUCCAGUUUACCACAAGCUCUAAGCAGGUUCAAUUUCAUCUAUAACUAAGAAGGCAGUUUGAUGGGUCAGGACUAUCCAUUGAAGAUCAGUGACUGGUUUCUGCAGAAAUUGACUGUAUGUAAAUACUGGACAACAUUGGAUUACAAAAUUCAUGUCAUUGAAAAUCAUGUAGUUAUGUACACAUGUUUGUACACAGGAAAAAUCAUCGGAUUCACCAGGAAUUCUUAUUUUGCCAUUGGCAGCAGUGCAUAUAUUGAAAAUCAUUUCAUACGUAAUCAUUCAUUUUGAAUAAAAGUUGUUGUGUCGUACGAUUAUUUUGUAUUCUUUGUUUUCACUCAGCAUGAGAUGAGAGAUUUUGCAAUAGCGAGUGGGUUCUGUCAGUAGCUUUUUUGUAUAGUAACACAUGUUACUGUUGAAAUCUGUAUACCAUGAAAACCAUUUCUGAUAGCAAAAUCCUUUUGUAUAGUAUGGAUAUAAUAUGACAAAUCUGUAUAUUACUUAUUAAGUCUAACCUUACCUAUGCAGUUUUAGUAGAAAUUCUGAAAAAUGCUAUUUCACCUGGAUAUAGUUAACUUAUUUUGUACUGUAAGUUGGAAGUAAAUUUAUGAAUUUCCAUUGAAGGAUGCAUACAUUUUGAAACAAUUAAGCAACAAGCUUCCAUUUGUUUGAAAAUUUGUUUGUCUUACAAAUAGAUUUGUUGAGAUGGGGUUCAAAAUGCAGUUUGAAAAAACUCAUUAUAAAGCACACACUCAUCACAUACUGUGUUUGUGAUAAAGCUUACUGAAGAUUCCACAGAGUAACUUUACAAAGAUGUUUUACUGUACUGCCACCGUUUCAGGUACAAAAUCUUUUCCUUUUUUUUCAUUUUUGUACUUGUCCUUGUUUUUAUUUUGAAAAUGAUCUUUGAUAAUUUCAAUAGUGACUCUCUUUAAACAUGAAAUGUUUGGCUUCAUUAUGAAAUUUUACAAAAAUAAAUUUACGGAUUCUGAUUCAAGAUAUAUAAGGACUUAUAUACUGUAAAAUCAUAUAUUUUUGUUGAACUCAAUUUUUCAGUAGCUUUUCAAAACAAUACUUUUUAUGGACACUUAGUUUUAUGGUUACAUUGAGCACAGUAUAUCUCCUUAUACUUAUCUUCAGUAAUUCUUGGACAUAUAAAUCUGUGGAUUAAGUGUACCUAAGUAAUCAAUGAAAAUAAACCCUCCACAAAAAACAAAGAUUUAGCAGUAUUAAAUAAAAAGAAACAGCAUGAAGUUUGACACUUUGAGUUGUAUGAAUUCAAUUUUUAUGUGGAAAUUUUUUUUAAGUGAAGCAUCUGUUUCUGAGAUGUUCUUGUAGUAGGUUUAGGUUAUCCAAUAAUUUAUUAACAGUUUGAACAGAUUUCCAAUUUAAUACCUUUUUUCUAUAUUUUGACUAUAUCUUUAACCAUUUUAAAGAUUUAAUCUUGUUUUGCUUGAAAAGAAGUGAAAUAAGUUGCCAUGUAUAUUUCAUUAAAAACGACAAGUAGAAUUGAUGGUGCUGGAUUUAAGCAUUUUAAAUAUUAAACUCCUUGCUUGAAACUUACAGUUUAGUUUGUACUUGCACUACAUAUUUAUUUAUCCUGUAGCCGUUUGCCAUUUGGAAGCAGUUCACUGCUGUUAUUGAAAUUUUGCCUUGGAAUGAGAAUAAAACGUGGAAAUGAAUUAGCAAUAUUCAAAUCAAUUUGAAAGCUUUGUUUGCUUUUAAUUGAACAAAAUAGCCAUCAGACAGCAAACAAUUUUUCAAUGUUACUACAAUAACAUGUACAAUGAAGUCGUCACUUGAUCAGUGGCAUUCACAGACAUAUGUUUGCAGUUGCUGCUUUUUUGUUACAGAUAUAAAAAAAGUCAUAAUAGAGCAGUGGCAUUCAUAGACAUAUGUUUGCAGUUGCUGUUUUUUUUUUUUUUUUGUUUUUUUUUUUUUUUUGUUACUGAUAUAAAAAAAAGUCAUAAUAGAGCAAUGGCAUUCAUAGACAUAUGUUUGCAGUUGCUGCAUGGUUAGUUUCUACAUUAACAUCAUAAUGAUAUGCUUAUUUCGUAUUGAUUUUUAAUGUUUAGACCAAAAUCAGAUUAAUACAGUUUCUGUGUGAACUUCAGUAGAGCAAAAUGUUUUCGUUUUUUGAGUGUGUAACAUAAUGACGUAGGCAACUAGAACAAUACAUUUUUUUCAAUAGUUGUUUUCAUAAGCAUAUGGAAGAGUACAUUUACACUUUCUACAACAUUGUACUUAGCAUGUUUACAGAUUUGUUUCAAUAUAAAAAGGUUAUAUUUUAGAAUUUUUUAGAAUGUGCGUUUUUAUGAGAGAUGUAAUCUGAUUUUCAGAUUUUUUAUGUAAAAACGUUGUCACAAAGCUAUCAUAGAUAAUCUGUAAUUGUUUAGUUCUUGGUGAAUUGAUUCAAAGCAAAUUGCUGAUUUGGAACAUUUUAACACAGCAGUGGUUAAUGGCCACCAUUGCAAUGAUUUACCUCCUUUUAAAUCCGGCAUGAGUUCUAAAUCUCAAGAACCAUUUUUUAUUGAGUCUUACACAUGAAAUCAAUUUCAUAUUACUUUUCUCCAAACUGCAAAAAAAGUCAUUGUUUUAGUUAUAGGUGACCAUGAAAAACUUAACACACACGACCUCUGGUCACAUAAUUUUUCUUUAAUGAGUAUUGUAUGACAGACAUAAAAAAGUACAACUCAACACUGCAAGCUUUGUGUGUAGGUUAUUACAGAGAUAAUCCCAGUGGCAACGUUAGAGACCUGUAGCAAGAUGGCGUCCAUACUUGGAGGCAUGCAAAAUUGUUUCAUGGUGCGCUGUAACGUGUGCAAAAUUGUCUGUUUCUUGGAAGAAGGUGUGCAAGUUUGUUUCCAUUGUACUUUUAUGAGAACGUGUGCAAGAUUGUUUCCAUUGUACGUGAGAAUGCAUUCGAGAUGGUCUUCUUUACCGGAAACUAUGGUUACAAGAGGGUUGUCUCCCUUAUUCAAGAUGUGCAGAGUUCUCUUUAUAGAAAGCAAGAUGGUGGACGAGAAAUCAACAACGUACAAGUUUGUUUUCACAUCCCAGAUAAUUUCGUUUUUGACACGUGAUAAAAAAUUCCUUGAUGCAUGUAUCUACCACUGACUUGGCUAUAUCUAAGUCCAUGUACCUUUUUAUGAGCAGCUUUCGUAAAUAUGCGAAAUAUAUGAUACAGAUAUAUCAGACAGCUUUUCAUCUAAAGCAAACAGUUUUUUUAACAAUACCGAUUUUGAGUUGUCUUUGCAACACUGUAUGUAGUUGCGGUGAACAUAUCUUUACUUUAUUUUUAUGUAAUUAUAUGUAAUA